CUCCUUUAAUCGCUCCUAGAGUCAGCUCACAGUACGCAUGCGUGAACAUUUACCCAGCAGGUAAACUCUCCACCAUGGCGGCGAGAGGCCAUGUGCAGGAUCCCAACGACAGGAGACUCAGACCCAUUUACGAUUACCUUGAUAAUGGCAACAAUAAAAUGGCAAUACAGCAGGCAGAUAAACUGCUGAAGAAACACAAGGACCUGCACUGUGCCAAGGUCCUAAAGGCCAUUGGCCUCCAGAGGACUGGGAAGCAGGAUGAAGCCUUCACUUUGGCCCAGGAGGUGGCCACUCAAGAGCCCACUGAUGACAACUCGCUACAAGCUCUGACUAUUCUCUACAGGGAGAUGCAUCGUCCGGAGUUGGUCACCAAGCUGUAUGAAGCAGCAGUGAAGAAGGUUCCUCUCAGUGAGGAGUAUCACUCUCACCUCUUCAUGGCGUACGCUCGUGUCGGGGAGUACAAGAAGAUGCAGCAGGCGGGAAUGGCCUUGUAUAAAAUCGUCCCCAAGAAUCCCUAUUACUUCUGGUCUGUCAUGAGUCUGGUGAUGCAGGCCAUCUCAGCACAAGAUGAAAAACUGGCCCAAACCAUGUUCCUGCCUCUGGCUGAACGCAUGGUGGAGAAAAUGGUCAAGGAAGAGAAGAUUGAAGCAGAAGCAGAGGUGCAGCUGUAUUUUAUGAUCCUGGAGCGCUUGGGAAAGUGUGUGGAGGCUCUCGAAGUGAUCAGGGGCCCACUCGGGGAGAAGCUGACCAGCGAGCUGCAGAGCAGAGAAAGCAAGUGUAUGAAGCUCUACCAGAGACUCCAGCGCUGGCCAGAGUGCAACUCCCUGGCUCACAAGCUGCUACUCAAAAACCCUGAUGACUGGCAGUUCUACCCCUGCUACUUUGACUCUCUCUUCCACCUGAUUGAUCAGUCGUGGAGUCCUCCUGAAGAAGGCGAACACUGUUCGGAGGGUUCGGUACAUCACACCGUGGCUGAAGUGGUGAGGUUCGUGGAGGACAGAAUUAAAGGGGAGGACGGCAAAGACUCUCGUGCACUCAGAGGCCCCUAUUUAGCUCGCCUUGAACUAAUUCACAGACUGAGAGAAAGGGGCUGUCCCGAAGAAAGUCUGUUAGGUGAGCCUUUAGAGCUAAUGGUGCAGUUCUUUGGGAAGUUUGGAGACAAGCCCUGCUGCAUCACCGACCUAAAAAUAUACCUCCAUCUGCUCGCUCCCGAACAACACGUGCAGUUCAUUAACCGUCUGAGCGAAGCGGUCCCACUGGGGGAGCAGGGAGAGGAAGGGUUUGCUUUUCCAGAGGACACCAAGGCGCUGCAGAGGCAUUUGUGUGUGUGUCAGCUGAGUCGAGCCCUCGGGCUGCAUCACGCCCUCGACGUGGAGGGGAAACUGCGGCUCAUCACGGAGCUCAAAGCUCACUAUCAUCAUGGACUGAAGUUUGGGAAGACCGCUCUGAAGACGGAGCUGCAGCAUUCUGAUAUGUAUUGUCUCAUGGUAGCGCACGUAUACAUCGACUUAUGGAAGGAGACGGAGGAUGAGAACAUGGUGUGGCAGUGUUUGGGUGUCCUCCAGGAGGGUCUGUCUCUCAGUCCCUCCAACGCCCAGUUCAAGCUGCUGCUGCUGCUCGUCUACUGUCACCUGGGAGCCUUUGAACCCGUGGUGGACCUCUACUCCAGCCUGGAUGCCAAGCAUGUACAGCACGAUACCAUAGGGUUUCUGUUAACACGCUACGCUGAGUCAUUGGGUCAGUUUGCUGCAGCCUCCCAGUCCUGUAAUUUCUCCCUCAGGUUUUUCCACUCUAACCAGAAAGAUACCUCAGAGUAUAUCAUCCAGGCGUAUAAGUACGGAGCUUUUGAGAAGAUCCCAGAGUUCAUCGCUCUCAGGAACAGGUUGAACCAAUCGCUGCACUUUGCCCAGGUCCGCACCGAGAGGAUGCUGCUGGACCUGUUCCUCGAGGCCGAUAUCGUGUUGAGUCUGGACGAGAGUGUGAAGGCCAUGUCUUUGUGUCCAGAGGAGGAUGACAUCCCCUGGGAUACCAUGAGGGACAACAGAGACCUAACCGUUUUCACCAGCUGGGACCCUAAAGACAGAGAGUUAACCGCCGAGCACCGGCGUCGGUCUCUGGAGGAGGAGUCCGUCUGGCUGAGGUUACGCUCUCUGACACUUCGCGUCCUCGCCUCCUUGGCCGCGCCGGGACACACGCCGUCGCAACAGAACUCUGAGGCGGUCCACGAGAACGGAGUCGGAGACAAGAGCUCGGUCCUCAGCAGCCUGCUCUCCCAGCUCAACCAGACCCUGCAGACUGCCGCUCAGAUCACAGAGAAACGCAUACAGUAUCCAUUCCUGGGCCCCCCCUCCACCCGCCUGGCCCCCGCUCUGUCCAGUGGGAGCUGUCAGUGCCAGGCUGCAGCCCUCCAGCUGUCUGUCCACCUGCAGGAGCUGGAGACCGUCUCACUCGAUGAGUCGUCAGAGCUUCAAACCCAGAUCUGUAACGGCUUCAUAUCAUUAGUAGUUCAGCUUCAAGAAAUACUGAAUAAAUGCAAAGGGGAUGUAUUGGAAAUGAAAGACAGCAAAUUAAAAACCCGGCCCUCCUUAUUAGAAAACCUAAUCUUCUUUGUUGAGACGGUGUGCAUAGUCUUGUGGAUGGCUAGUCACUGUGCCAAGAUCCUCCGACCACUCAAGACUAGUCUACAGAAGAAGAAGAAGAAGAAAAAGGAUACAAACACAGCUCUGCCGGCGGUGGUGUGUGGCUUCCAGGAGCUGACGGGGAGCUUGCAGGACCUGCUCACCCAGGCGUUGGACUAUAUAAAGGGGCAAGAGACUGGCGUGACGGCCCUUAAACUGGCCGGUUUAAGCUUGGAAGGACACACAGAGGAGGAAGCGUCGUUUAUGAAGGCUGCUAUGGACAAGGUGCAGAGCAGUUACCUGCGCUCCCUACAGGAGGUGGGAGAUCUGCUCAAGAAGAGAGCAGAAACUAUAAAGAACCUCAAGAUCUGAACACCAUCCCACACCCCCCAAAAUGCAGAUGACUUUACCCCCACCAUCAGCCUCCCACCCCCCCCGCCACCCGCCACCCUUAGACCACCGUCUGUCGGCCCAACAGCUAACCUCCUACUCCUACAACCCGCUCGAGCGCACAGUCGUCACUGACCUCCUUCCUUCCCUGCGUAUUUCUCAACUCAGCGUUUGUGAGAUCUCCAAUCUGGAUUUUUUUUUUUUUUUUUUUUCCACUUCAACACACAAACGCAACCCCGCACACACACCACUGGAACAUUUGCAACUCUUAGAGCACACAAGCUUGUAAGUAAACUCAUGAAUUUAUACAGCAGUUAUAAGUCAAAAUGAGGAAAAAUAGUCAUGCUCCUUUAAAAAGAAACCGAGCAAAUUAGAGAAAAAAAAAAAGAAGGAAUGAGCAGUUUUUAGAUGAACUAAUCUAAUAAAUUAUUGUACAUA